AUGGAUUUUUUAAACAUAUUGAAUCCAUAUAUAGUUGAAUGGAAUUUUUAAUUUGAAUUUCGAUUGCCAAGGUAAUUGGCAAAGGUUCUGUUUUUGCAAUAAUAUUUUACAUGUUCUACUAAAUGGAUUGAGGUAUACAAGAAAAAAGUCCACAUUUUUGCAGAAUCUAUACUAUGGGAUAUAAUUUUGAUCCUCGUUCAAUAUAGAAGAGAAUAUUUCUUUGGUGAAUCAGUCAAUAUAUCUGUUCCCAAAUUAAAAUUACACUAAAAAUAAGAUAGGUUGGCUAUUAAAAAUUAAAAUUAUUCUAUAUUGUUAUACCAAGUAAAUUAAAUAUUAAGGGAAUACGACCAUAGACAGGAGAAAAAAACCUAGAAUUUAAAGAUUGAAUAUCAGCAUGGCUUUAAAAGUCUGCUACAAACAGGACAAAAGGAGAUUGAUAGUACAUGGCCAUAAGUAUUGAACCCCUAAGAUCUUCUCAUCCUCACAAGAUCAAUUAAACUCAGUUAACCAAAGAGCAUCUUUAGGAGAUAAAGCACCACAACCAGUAUCCAUCUUUAAUAAAUUUUGAUAGAAUCUGUACCAUAAACUAAUGAAUCUAAUUGA